UUGAACCGCCCCAAAAGAUGUCCUAGUGAAAGGUCUUCAGUCCUUGAAACAGAAAGUUGGUUCAAAAUAGGAAAGGAUGUUGACUUGAGAUGACAUCCUGCCUACUCCUUGCUAAUACCGUGCAUCUAAAAGGGCAUCUGAAAAAUGAUGUUUUACUCCAUUGAACUGAUCCCUCCCCGAAUGACCAUCUGACAUCAGAGAUGACCAAAUCCCUGUCCAAGCUCAUAACUCAGGAAAGCUAAAGUCAUACCCAGAGAAGGAAAAAAAAUGACUGCAAGCUCCAUCUAGCCAGGUACAGAAGUAUAUUGCCAUUCAACAGCAAAACACAAAAAACUGCAAGGAAGAAGCUUCAAAGAAUGGUAGCUAUCGAGUGAAGACAGUUCCAGCGUUAACUAUGUACAGCCAAGCCAAACUUUCCCGAAGGUACCCGAGAGACAAUAUUGCAUUGUCAAGAAAAAUAUCCCCAGAAAAUUUUAAGGAACCUUUAGAACAGCUUAAAAUCAAAGAAUCGCAGGGAUUCUCAAAAAUGCACGCUGGCCAGUUUGGGCCUCGGUUGGCUCAGGUUCAGAGGAAGCCUUCACACCCGAUCGUAAAUGAAAAGAAUCAAAAGGGAAACGGGGUGUUGCUGGUCAGAGACGACUCACCCAGGACACCUUCAGAGGAUCAAACAAUGCCCGAGGAGGAGGAUGAAGAGGAACUGGAAGAGAUCGAAGAACAGAGCAACGCUGGGAAUGUUACCGAAUAUUUCCGGUCCAUCUGGACCAACGUAUCUAAGAUGUUUGCUGUUAAUCAGUCGUCGUCCUCUGACGAUGUGGCUGACCCAGACUAUGACGGUUGCUCGAAGUCUCGCUCAUUUUCGCUAGGUGAUCAGAUGCAGGCCAUCCCAACGAGAGACACCAGUGGAGGCGCCAGCAAGGUGAAUGUUGUGAACGCUGCCGCCGGUCACAGGCUGAGCAGCGAUUCGGCCAAGUCGAGGUUGGGCAAGAGCGUGAGUCACACCAACGGUAUGCUGAGGAGAGGGCUGAGAGAUAAACCUGAGAAGGAUUCGUACUCUUGGAAUGAGGCUCGGAGAACACAAAGUAAUGUGUCGUGUAAAAGAAAUGGGAUGCGCAAACCUCGAAGUGAGGAGAGACUGAUGACCCUCCCAAACGACCAGAUCUCCCUCAAAAAACGGGAAAAACGCGCAAAGACCAAAGGAAGUCCAGUUGAUGCCAAGCGUUUCCGUGUAAUGUUGAAAAAAUUCCAGCGGGUCAUGAAAGAAGACUCUAUGAAACUCGACGGUCAAGCUCGAAAUGUCCACCACGGCGUUAAGCAAACGAAAUCUUUGGUCAGCGACGCAGGCUUAGGUAAGGGUCAUCCAGGACGGCCAUCGAACUACAAAUCGCUGACCAAUACGAGUUUGCACAAGUCUGCAUUCGAGCGUACGAAGGUGAACAAUAAACCGCUUUGUAUCACAUCGCCCAAAUCUGCCACGUGCUUAAAGAACGAGCGCUCGUCGAGGCUGGUCACGCCGAAUGGCCAAUAUCGCGAUUGGCAUGUCGCAGCCCCUUUGAGCACUACCAGCCAUAUCGUUUCAAUGUUGGACGCACAGCCUAACCCCAUCAUAGAAGCCAAGCCUAAGCCCGUCAUAGAAGUCAAGCCUAAGCCCACACAACUUUUUAGUGGGAAAUUCCAGAGGCAGGAUCGAAGAAUCUUGUAUUCUAAUAAGCCAGCCGAUGACAGCAUAGUAACGACCCUUGAAAAGGCGAACGAAGAAAUGCCAGAGUAUCUAAAUGAAAGCCAAAAGCAGGGACUUAAAUCUGAGGUUCAGGAGGGCAAUGAGAGAAACUCUAGUCAAGAAACGGUCCAAAAUCCUAGCAGUAGUCAAUUAAUCUCAGUCAACUCGUCCUCUGAGGUAUAGGCGGAUGUCGUGCCAGCGAGCUCGUCCUCUGAGGUACAUGUAAAGGCGGAUGUCGUGCCAGCGAACUCAGAUACUGAGAUAUAGUCAAGCAUUUUCCACUUUACCCGAAAGCUCUUGAAGAUAACAAGCUAACAAUAGUACUUAUGACAUCCUGAUGAAUUCAACUGUGCACAUUUGUAUAAGUAUUAAUCUUCUUAUAUCAACUUUUAAACGCUUUAAUGGACCAUUAAAUUUGGAUUCUAAAAAAAAAAUAGUUCCAGAAGAAAAAAAACACUUUUUUUCAUUUAAAAAAACUACGCAUUUUUUAAAAUCAAAUUUACAGCUAAGCACGAAACUACAUUUUGCUUUAAGUAAAAAAUAAUACACUGGUAUAACUAAUUUGCUUGAAAUACAAAAAAAUACACAGGUAUAAUCAAUGAGA